UGACAGCUUUCAUGUUGCAGAAUUAUUUUGUAAAAAAAAUCCACUUGGAAAUGAACUCUUCCAAGAUUUUCGACGAAAAAUAGUGAAAAACUCAUUCCUUGAGGCGUGUAAGAAGUUUGUGAGAAUCAAACACCUUAAAACGAAGCAUAGCGACGUAAGGUAAUGAACAAAUAAGCUCGCGCUGUGUAUCCUUUGCCACUGUUUGUGCUGCGCUGUACUAUUCAGUGAGCUAUUGCGCGUGUGUGUGUUUGUGCUACACUCGGUGUGUAUGUGCGUAUGUGUAGAAUCAAAAAGUAAAAUUAUGACAGCUACUGCAGGGGGCAUCAGCACUGGUCUGCUGCAUUCCGGUUGUUAGAUUUUGGGCGAACAGAAAAUAAAGUGUGCAGUGAGGAACAACCACAACCACACCGAACAAUAGAAACCUCUCCCUGCGGCUGUGAAUUACGGUACGGUGUCGGCAAAGGUCGGCCAACAGACGCGAGAGCGAAAGCAACCGGCCACUGCAAAAAGGGCGACAACGAGAGCAACACUGUCUCUGACACGGCCGUGUCUGCGCCAGAGCUAGCAAGGCAACGGCAGCGCUGACGGUAAAGCUAUCUCGUAACAAACCAUCCCGAAGUGACCAAUCGCACAGAAAACAGGACAAUGGGCGACAGCAAUACGGCAGCAAAGCAUCAGGGCAGCAGCACGGACGGUGGUGGUGGUGCCGCUGCAGGCGCCAGUCACCUGAUGCCGGGCGGGGCAGCAGGCGGAGCGGGUGGGCUUGCCGGUGGGCUGCAGCACGAGGGCAGCACGGAAGACAUCGAGCGGCAGCUGGAGGCACUGGAUCAGGAAAGUGAUUCCGAUUCGGAAUCGCUCGAGGAGCUGGACGCGUGCGAAAAUAUCGAAGUCGUCAAUCCGGACCGGACGGCGGCGGACCAUUCGGAUCCCGCCCUGGACGUUACCAUCCGCUACACGAUCUGCCUGUUCUGCAAGAAGCCGUUCCAGCUGAAGAAGGAGCUGAAGAAGCACCUGUUCGAGCACAUGAAGAACCUGAAGCCGAUGAAGGAGAAGAAGAUCGUGGAGAAAAAGUUCAAAUGUCACAAGUGCUUCAAAACGUACACAGAGAAGGCCCGGGCCGAGAAGCACAUGACCAAGUGCAAGAAGGUGUCGAAGCUGCUGCUCGACAUGAGCAAUGCCGGGGACGGGCGGAUACUGGGCGGCACCGAGUACGAUGCCGCGAUCGCGGAGAAAAGCGCCAAGAGCAGCAUGAAGAGCGGUGGCAAGUUCCGCGAGCCUACCUCACCGCGCUCGCUCGUCUUCGAUCCGGACAUGGCGGACAGUGACGAGCGCUGGGCCUCGACGGCGGUGCGGGUACCGUCCGACGAACGAAGGGAGCGCAACCAGGUGGUGCACUUCGACGAGCGAACAACCAAGGGUGGUGGCGGUGGUCCGGGCAGCUCGGACGAAUCGCCCACCUCGCCCGGUACCGGCGGACACUUUCAGAAGUGCUCGUAGAGUCCGACGCAUCCCGCAGCCGAAACGCGCGGCUAACCGUAAAGCACGGCGGUAAAGUUGAUCCCGAUGCAUCCGGCCACUCGGUGCAUCGCGGGCACCACACGUACAUCGGGCGGCUUGACCGACGGAUGUAAUGUGCUAACAACAGCCUGUGUUUCUUCGUGUUCCUUAGUUACAUUUUGUUUCGUUCUUUACUUCAUAUGUAUGUGUGAGUGAGUGUGUGUGUUUGUGCACAUACCCGGCACAUAAUACACUCGCGCGACGGGUGCUCGGGGUAAUUUGUGCGUAUUUUAAAUUGCUCACCAUUGACAUUGACCCAUCCAGCACUGAUCCCUCGUAUUGGGGGAAGCAUAUACAACACUAAAUUCUGCAUUCUGCUCAUAUUGUUUCGUUCCCUUUACCCCCGUGUGUGUGUGUGUGAGUCUGUGUGUGUUGCGUGCAGCGAUGAGUGUAAAGAUAUAUUAUUUCUGGUGCUAAACAUUUUACCAACCUGGGCAUGCCAUGGGUAACGAUGGUGAGACUUUGACGUGUUUCUCAGAUGAUUCAAAUAUCCCUUCACCAUACCACCCGUACCAUUAGUACAUCUCGUUGAAAUGUCAUACCUUAAAGUACGCUUUAAGCAGCUCGCAUGUGGUCGCUUUUAUCCCAGUUUUGUCUCCCCCACCCCAUUUAGUUUGCUAUCUGUAUUACUGUAUUACUGUAAACCCCCCUCCCCCCUAUCCGACCAACGCAACGUAACGAAAAGGAAUGCCAAACAAGCACAACAAAGUGCGAUACAAGUCGUACGCUUACAUUUUUACGUGGUUUAAACCGGGAACGGGCGAUGAAGAGAAGAGUAAGGCAAAAACAAACAAAAAAAAAACGACAUCCAUUCUAAUUAUUAUUACAGCCGUAACUUAUUUACGCGUAGCAACACAUUACACAAAAACACAUACACGCGCACCACAAAAGAAGCAAGCAAAUGAGUAAACUCGUUUACGAAUGAUGAUAAAACAAAGGGAAAAGAAAAGAAAAUGAAACAAAUUACACACCAACACACAUACAUACUACGCAAACAGUAACAGUUAGUAUACAUAUUAAUAUAAUCAUUAUUUAAAAGUUAAGCAUUGUGAUACUUGCCACAUACGUUUAAUUAAAUUCUACUCCCCCUCCCCGCAAAACAUACCCAACAUAACGUACCAUUCGUUGUAUAUAGUUAUACUUGUAUGAAUAUUAAUGCCUGUGCUCUAUUGAUAAUAAUGUGUAUUAUAUCCUCUAUCGCUUCUUGUACCAGUGUACCCGUUCCUUCCCGCUACUCUCCACCCGGGUUCAAUGUGUGUACCAGCGUAUGAAUGAGUCAUCCGUUUAUCAUUUUGAUAUCGCAGAUUAUUUAAACUGCUCCUAUCAUCAUCAUCAUCAUCAUUAUCACACUCAAACACCCCGCUGGAUAACGAUGAAGAAGGGUACGGAAUUUGCGUAUUAUUCAUCCUCCAUUGGUGACGGUAUCGUUAGUCAUUUGGACAAAUUUACCUGUUUUUGUAUUACCACAACUUUACUAGGAUUUCCCCGUAAAAGUGUCCACAGCUCACGGCCUCGUUUUAAGCGUGUAAACACAGUUAAGUGAUACUUUGCAUUGCUUUUGUCCCGUGCAAAGAAGCGUUCAAUAUUCCCCACUACUCUAUGGCUCCAUUAUUCAUUCACAUUUUAUCACUCACACAAGUCGGAUAUUUUGUCACAAUGUCCAAAAUAAUGGACACAAUGAAAAUCCCUUGCUUAUGUUUGUGCGCCCCAGCCACCUGCCUCGCCCGCCUGCCCUCUCCACGCCGUGUAUCAUUAGAAAUGGCAAUCAGUAAUAAAGGGGCGGGAGGCGGGAGUUAGGUAAGGUUGAAGUGAGCAAAAAUGCUUACCUUCUUACUAGUCGUAUAAUGUGUUGUGUGUGUGUGUUGCAUUGGUGGUAUUAGGACGGUAUCGAAAUCAAACGUUAGUUUAUAGAGUGGUAGAGAAAGGCGAAUGUAAGCAUGGAAUUGAAACGCCCCCGCGGAAGAUGUGCAUGUGCAUGCAAUUUGCGUUAUUCAGGACCGACAGAUGGCCAAUAGAUGUCGUUUGCACAAAACGCGACGGUUCAGUGUUACGGCGAAGGUUGGCAAAACCACGCGCUUCGAACAAUCAUUGCGAGGAAGAAGUGAAAUUGAACAACAAUCUCGAAUUUUGUGCUCGGAAUUCAUCUCAAGCUCUAAGAGAAGCCACAUGCGCAAGCAAGUGUGUGAAACCAUCUUUUUAAUUCAAAACGAAGUAAAAAUCGUUACACAUACACACAAUCAAGAAGAGAAGAGCACGAACUUUGAUCGAAUAGGCUCCCGCGCGACACGCGAAUAAUGACUAAACAAUAAUAAUAAUUAUAAUAAUUAUAACAAAUAUAUACUGUUGAAUAUACCAAUUUAUCCUUUUCCUUUUCCACUUCGAUCAAUCUAACGAAAUAUCACGCUGUGUGUGUGUGUCUGUUUGAAGAGGAGAAAUAUCACGACGCCGCGGGCCAUAGCAAACUAUCACGAAAGUUAAAUAAAAGACUUAACAAACUUGCUUAGGAGAAGGCUGAUAAGCAAGAGAGGAUGGUAAAAAUUUAAAAAGUAAACGCAUCUACAAUCAUUCUACGGCGAGGGAUGUGAAACAAUUAGGCGCAAAACGUGUGUUUGUUACUGUGUUUGGUUGAAUAUAGUACAACGGCAUCACUUCACCUCUCCCACACACCACAGCAUUGUAUGUGUGUGUGUGUGUGUAUGUGUGUCGAAAGAAGGUAUGUGUGCGUGUGUCUAAUUGUAUGUGUGUGUGCAUGUUUAAUGGAUGUCUAAAUUGUCGGAUUAGAUGCUAAAGCCCCUUUUCAAAUUAACGUGUAAAGAUAAGGCAAAUUAGAACCGGCCAUGUGAGAAGAGCGUUGAAUGGCAAUGGGUCGACACUGGAAACAAACGUAUUUUGGCAAAUUUUGUGCUAUUUAUUUGUUAACACACAAAAAAAACCCGCCCCUCUAACUAGUGAUGGGUAGCAGUUCCGUAGUAGCAGAACGAAUCUACUAGCUCCUAGUAGCUGAAAGGCCAAAGAAAGCAGUCUCUUGUAUAUCUGCGCCCUCGUAGAGAUCCCCUGUCCUUGGAAAGAAUUCGAGAAAGUUUUCCAUUGUAUUAGAUUUUUUUUCUUAUUUUCAAAGUCUCUGCUUGUGAAGGAUUUCUUUAGUACAUCAAAUACGAAAGAAAGUACUGACUUGUCGGAUGAAAUAGGAACGAAGUGGCAACGGGGUUAGUGUAUUAGAGUGUAUAGGUUUAUACCUAACGUAUUAAGAAAAGCAGGACGUAACCCUCUAUCUAAUAAGAUAACGAAUCUGCCCUAGUAUGUAUCUGUAUUAGUGAGUAUGAAUAUAUCCCUAAAAGCAUGGCUCAAUGAAUGAUUGUAUGUUUCUUCCAAUUUAUUCAUUUCUAACAUGCGAUCUCCUCUAUAGAAACUUUUGCUCGAAUUUCUUUCUAUUUUCUCCAACUAUGUUUUCAUCUAACGUCCGUUGUUGUUAUAUGUGCAUGGGGUGCGUUGUGUGUGUGUGUGGCAGCUAAUAAGUGAAAGAAUAACAAAAAAAAUAAUGCAAACCGAUCGAAAGUUGUUGUUAUGAUGCCAGAAGUAGUGGAAGGAAAGAAAGUAAGACAAGUGGAAGCAAAAUAAGUAAAUGUUGAAUCAGGAAACUAGCAAAACGAGGAGAGAUAAAGAGAGAGAACAUAAACAUAAAAAGGAAAGAGGAAAAAUCUAAACAUGAUAUGCUGCAAAGAAGGAAGUGCAGACAGAACUGGAACAUUGCAAACGGAAAAGCAAAACAUACAGUGGCUUUUGAUACGAAUAAAAAAAUGACUAAAAAUAUAGUACAGAAUGUAGAGGAAGAGAUGAAAAAACAAAAAUUAAAAAAAAAACAGAGAAAAAGACAGAAUAAGCGACAAAUAUAUACAUACACUACGUAAUAUAUCAACAUACACCAUUGAGUUUUGUACAUGUGUUGUGUGCAUGUGUGCUAAAAAAGGGAAACAAUAUUUCCCGCUCGCUCGCGGAGAUAAGCAUGGAUAUGGUAAAUGGAAAAAAAUCUCGUAAAAAGAGUUAAAUCGGUUGAGGAGUUUAUGACACUACUGUUGACAAUGAUUUUGAAAAGAGAAUAAACGAAGUGAAUAAGUGAAGCAGGGAAAAUAACAUAAGAAAAUAAUACCAAGCAGACGCACAUGCACUAACAGCAAACCUACCAAUAAAGAAAUCA